CAUGUGAAAUGUGUCUGCGACUCUCGCUUGACUGUGAUCCUGAUACCAGUGUUGGCCUGAGGCAUGGUAGGUACUGUUAUAGUCAGAUGAACUAUAUGUGGAGGAGUCUCUCCUGUCCCUCCAUUUCCCUUACUAACUUGUGUUGCCUACUAUUUUCAGGUAUCCAGUUUCGCCUCCCUUCUUCCUGCAGUGUGGACCGAGCCAAUCCACCUCCAGCGGUGACGCACACGCCUAGCUAUAAGGCAAAGACGCCACCGCCGGUGCCACCUCGCGCCACCUCCAAGCCCCUCAUCUCGGUGACGGCCCAGAGCAGCACAGAUUCCACCCAGGAUGCCUACCACGAGGGAAGGCACCCGCGGGGGAGUAUCCUGUGGGCGCCGGACGGUCUGGGCGGCUCGGGUCGAAACCUCUACAACUCCACCGACAGCCUGGAUAGUGCCAAGGCGGUGACGUUGGCCAUGGAGACGGCGGCGGGCAAGCGGCACGCCUCCAUGGGCAGCCACAGCUCCGUGCAGACGUGUGACAAGGCGGUGCUCGUGUCCAAGGCUGAGGAAUACCUCAAAACACCACGCUCUUCCAUAGGGAUUCAGGCAAGACAAGUUCAUUCAUACACACAUAUGCUCAUACACACACACAUUAUCUGA